AUGGGCUGUUGCCUUGGCAAGAAACCCUCAACAGUGGUUACGACGAAUGGCUGUGGUGUGAUCCAUAUACCGCAAUCACUGGCCACUGCCGUCAACACAACGAUGAGCAGUAAUGCGGAGAGUCCGUCGAGUCCAUCUCCUCCGCUCGUUAUCGACACUAUGCCCAAAACGGUGCCAGUUUUUGUGGCAUUGUUCGAUUACGAGGCACGCACCGAUGACGAUUUGAGUUUUAAAAAGGACGAUUUGCUGUACAUUUUGAACGAUAUGCAAGGCGAUUGGUGGUAUGCAAAGAGCAAAUCCACCGGAUUGCUUGGCUAUAUCCCUUCCAACUACGUCGCACCCGAGAAAAGUAUUGACGCUCAACCGUACGUUAUUUCUUUUAUUACUAUUGCUAUUGCUUAUUAUUAUUUAUUAUUGUUGCUAUCAUUAUUAACUGUUAGCUUUAUUUGCUCAUCUUUGACAUCACUUACUUCAUAA